AAAGAUUUCUGCUUUAGCUACAACACUGACAUUGAGGAUAAAGAUGGUUUGUUCUAAAGUGUUGAUAUAGGUGAGGCCGUGUAUACCUGAAAACCUGCUAAGCAGGUUAAGUUGAAAUGCAGGAGAGAAAAGGCUUCACUACAAUGCACCCACACGUUUGGAGCAAUUGGUAUCCUGUAUAUGCUAUUUUUCAGAUGAUGGAUCACAUGCUGAGUCCUGCUUAGCCAUGCCUACAGUUUGACCGUGCAACUGAAUCUGUAGUGGUGACUCCAUGGGGGCCUUUGUGGACAUGAGAGUCCUUCUGCCUACUUCUGCCCCCGAGGAAGUUGCAGAAUUCACCACAGCUCUGGUGAUGUGGUUAUAGCAAAACAUCCCUCAGGGGAUUUCUUUGCUAGGGCUCAACUGCUGCAGUUACAAAUCUGAAAAUGAUGCUUGACUGAAGACUGAAAGUCACCCUGGAAGAAGUUGCUUCCCUCUGAGCUUUUCGUGAGCAACCCCAUCCCAUGAGGAGGAGAAUCUGUCAGCCUUCUUAGCUGGACAAUGGGGACUACAGGUGACGACAUGUCUUCGGUGGAGCAGAACGCCUCCUUGAACCCUCUGUGCUUCGAGUGUGGCCAGCAACACUGGACAAGGGAGAACCACCUCUACAACUACCAGAACGAAGUGGACGAUGACUUGGUCUGCCACAUUUGCCUUCAGCCCUUGUUGCAGCCAUUGGACACUCCCUGUGGACACACUUUCUGCUACAAGUGCCUAAGGAACUUUCUACAGGAGAAGGAUUUCUGCCCACUGGAUCGAAAAAGACUCCAUUUUAAACUCUGCAAAAAAUCCAGCAUCCUCGUUCAUAAACUGUUAGACAAGCUCUUUGUUUUGUGCCCCUUCUCUUCUGUGUGUCAGGAAGUCAUGCAGCGAUGUGACCUGGCGGCACAUCUCAAAAACAGAUGUCCUGGGGCUUCUCAUCGAAGGGUUGCUCUGGAGAGAAGGAAAUCGAGCAAGCUGCAAGCAGAAGCAGAGGGCGAGAGCAGUCCCGGUGGGAUGGAACAGCCCAGCAGUUUGUCUUCGGAUGCAGAUCAGGGAAUAGUGCCAGCUGAGCAGAGCUUCGCCUCUCCCGCCCUUCCCACGUGGACAGACGAGCCUGGCAUCGACAAUCCACCUCUUGAGGAGAACACAGUAGCAGACACAAAUCAACAGCCACCUACCUUGCCUGAAGGAGAGAUCACUACUAUUGAAAUUCAUCGGUCCAAUCCUUAUAUUGAAUUAGGAAUUAGCAUAGUGGGUGGCAAUGAAACGCCUUUGAUCAACAUUGUCAUUCAAGAGGUCUACCGAGAUGGGAUCAUUGCCAGAGAUGGAAGACUUCUUGCUGGAGACCAAAUACUGCAAGUCAAUAGCUUUGACAUAAGCAACGUGUCUCACAACCACGCUCGAGCUGUGCUUUCCCAGCCUUGCUCAGUGCUGCACCUCACGGUGCUGAGGGAGCGGCGGUUCGGCAGCCGCACGCACAACCACGGGGACACCACCAGCUCCUCGCGGGAAGACAGCUUCCAAGUGACACUGCAUAAACGCGACUCCAGCGAGCAGCUUGGCAUUAAACUUGUGCGCAGAACAGACGAGCCAGGGGUUUUUAUUCUCGACCUUUUGGAAGGGGGCUUGGCUGCUCAGGACGGCAGGCUCUGCAGCAACGACCGUGUACUUGCAAUUAAUGGACAUGACUUGAAGCACGGGACACCUGAGCUCGCUGCUCAGGUUAUACAGGCUAGUGGGGAGAGAGUGAAUUUGAUCAUCUCUAGACCCUUGAAGUCACAGACAGUCAGUAUUAUCCGAGACACCGGGACUCACAACAGCACCCCACACCAACACCAGUCCCAGCAGCUGUUUCACAGCAGGCCCAACUCGCAUAAGGAUCUCUCCCAGUGCGUUACGUGCCAAGAAAAGCACAUUACUGUGAAAAAAGAGCCGCAUGAAUCUCUGGGAAUGACAGUGGCAGGAGGCAGAGGCAGCAAAAGUGGCGAACUGCCCAUCUUUGUGACAAGUGUACAGCCUCACGGGUGUUUGGCAAGAGAUGGCAGGAUUAAACGAGGUGAUGUGCUGCUGAACAUCAACGGCAUUGAUUUGACUAACCUAAGUCACAGCGAGGCAGUGGCCAUGCUGAAAGCUAGUGCUGCCUCCUCGGUAGUUGCCCUGAAAGCCCUGGAAGUCCAGAUUGUAGAAGAACAGCCCCAGGCUAAUGAAGAGCAGCUGAGUACCAUCAGUGAAAAUGAAUACGAUGCCAGCUGGUCACCAUCAUGGGUCAUGUGGCUGGGACUUCCAAGCUGCCUGCAUAGCUGCCAUGACGUAGUACUGCGGCGGAGCAAUUUGGGGAGCUGGGGUUUCAGCAUCGUGGGUGGCUAUGAGGAGAACCACACAAACCAGCCUUUCUUCAUUAAAACGAUUGUUCUUGGAACUCCCGCGUACUUCGAUGGAAGAUUAAAGUGUGGUGAUAUGAUUGUUGCUGUAAAUGGACUAUCCACGGUUGGAAUGAGCCAUUCCGCACUCGUUCCCAUGCUGAAGGAGCAGAGGAACAAAGUAACUUUAACCGUGAUUUGCUGGCCUGGGAGCCUCAUAUAGCUUUGUGAAUCACUUCGGUUCAAGCAGCAUCUUUUUCUAGAUAGCUGGCACAAGAACCUCCUCUAUCUUUUUUUCCCUAUUGAUACAGCUGGUUAUAAGCAGGGCCAAAACUGCUGUAUUUUCUUUUUUUUUUUUUUUUUAAUGGGCCUCUCAGACUCACUCUAUAUAUCCUUCCAUUCUGAAAUAGCCAUUUCUGUUUGCUGUAUCCCUUGCUCACGCAGAUGCAAAUAUACACGAGCUCCCAGAGAAACUCCCACUCAGAUACGGCUGUCGCUGAGCUUUCCCCAUUAGGCUUGUAGAGUCAGCAGAAGAACUUCGUGGUUCUUCAGGUUUCUCUGCACAGUUCUCAAGUUAUAUGUGAAAUAUAAAUGUAAUAGCCAUGUGCCCGUUCUUCCCCGCGAAGAGAAAGCGUGUCAGUACUGCAGCGACACACCUUUCUGCUGCUAUGAAUCAAAAUCCGUUUCCAAAGGUACGUCUUUUCAUUUCGUGAGCCUUUCCAUUUUUGGUUCAGUAUUGCAGACUGAUUCAAGUAAUCCGUCUUGCUCGUCAGAAAUUACUUGGUCCCCCAGAUUUUUCUUGCAGGGCAUCAGUGUUCAUAGAAAAGUAGGACAAAAGCCUGGAAUUACUGGGAUUUUUAUAAAGUGCAAUAAUUGGACUCUUUGUUAGGAAACUUUAAUAUAUUACAGAGUUUGUAUCCUAUAAUGACAAGAAAUGUGGAAGUAGUUUCUGUUGCAACGCUGGCAAGAAUACGCGUGCCCGGGGUCGCCUUUGAGGGAAUGGCUUGCAGUGUUAGACUUUACUUUACAAAUGAAUGUUUUGCUAUGUCAGAGAAUUUUGAUGAACAUUUUUACAAAGAUCCAUUUUUACCGUUUCUAUUGUAGUUGUCAGCUCUCUUUAUUCAUGUGUGGAAACAAUACUUUGACUUGUACUUUCUAAAUGAGAGAAUUAUUUCCGGGAAAAAAAGCAAGCUAUUAAGAAACCAUAUGCUAUGGUUUACAGGUGGGCAGGCUAGAAGGAGGGCUCUUUGCAUUCAAGCCCGACUGCAAAGUCAGCUGCAAAGUUCACUCUUAUUCUGUCACCUCCUGACAAAUGUGCAAAUGCCUUGAUAGCAAACGCCCAAGCAAUCUCUCUUGCAUUUCAGGAUAUUAUUUUUUUUCCUUUGGAGAGCACCUGCUAUUAAGUUGUCAGUAAGAGUAACACUAUUUGUCUUGGAUUGUAUUUAGUAUUUUCACAAACCAACCUGUAGCUUCUAGACUUUGCCUUUCCAUGAUAUUUGCAGGCUAAGCACCCAUUUGUUUAAGAAAAGAGGGGUGGAGCGAAGGAAGAAAUGUGCUGACCUGGAGCUAACCCUGUGUGUUGUCAGUGUUCUGCAUAUUGAAAAAGAGCUUCAUUUAUAAACCAGGUUCCCAACCUGAACUGAUUUUUUUUUGAAUGACCUCUGUAUUGUAUUAUUAAUUACCAGAGAAUGUAUUUGAGAAUCACAGCAUAUUUCAAUUGUGAAGCAUGAGCUUUUAUUUUCAAACGUAGCCGGUAGAGUAUCGGGGCAUAUUAUCGCAUGUCAUUAAUUCUGGUAGCUUUGUUUUCAAAAGAAAUAAAGUUACUCUUUUGCAAAAAAUUA